UUCGUGGUUAACCUAUGGUGAGUCGUGAUGGAGUAAUAUUUUUUCCAACGUGUUUUAGCUAAAAUAUAAUAAAUCGGUAUUUUAGGACAUUCAAACUUUUAUAUAUUCACAAUAAAAGUAUUAUAUUAUCAAAUUAAUUGUGCGUGUGAUAUCAAAGUAAUAUAAAAAGUUUUAUUUUUCUUAGUUUCAUUUACGUAUCUACUUGUAUAGUGCUCUGCGAAAUCACACUAAACAUACAGUAGACACCGUUUAUAAUAACACCGGUCGUAGUGGCAUAUGUAAUAAGCGACACUAAAUUUAAAAAAUGAAUAGCGAAGUGUGCGGUAAUUCUAUUAAGGAUACCAAGCAAACUGGUCCUGAACUUAUUUCUCAUCGUUCCACUACUCAAAGUAAUGAUAUGCAAGUUGACAAUAAUACAUGUUUACCAAUCGAACAAAAUCGUUUAAGAGAGGAACAACAUAUUGAAAAUGCUGUUGCAAAUAAUUUGGUACCACCAAAACCGUCAUGUAAACAAACUAAUGAUGAUAUGCCGAGGAUCCAAACUAAACGAUUUAAAAAAGAAAUUCCUGCUGAUCAAUUCAUUGCUAAUGAUAAUAUUCAAACAGUCAUUAAAAGUGUUGUAGAACCAGUUACAACUACUACUAAGGAACCUGAACCUCAAUGUGCUAUACCAGAAUUCGAGACUAAUACUUCUGAAGAUAAUGGAUUCAACGAAUUUAUUUUUACAAUUUCAAAAAUGAUUGAAUUACCUAGUGUAUUUUGGGAGAGUGUCUAUGUUAAAGAUGAAAAAGAAACAUCUUUUUAUCAAACAGACGGUGAUCAAACAUUAAUUGCAAAAAAAGUUUGUUUUUUUAAUAGCCCUGUGCCAAUUAUAACAAUAUACGACAAGGUAUACAAAUUUAACGUACCUAUUUUAGCAAAGAAUAGGUUAAAACUCCUUUUAGAUAUAAUUAAUAAUGUUGAAAAAAGUUUUGGUAUGGAUGAAAAAUUUAUAGAUUUUUUUCAAGAAAGUUAUGCAGAACUUGAAGAUCAAUUGAGAACAAGUGGGAAAAUACCUACACAAAGAGAAAUAAUAUCAUACUAUUCUAAACACGUCAAAACUCUACCGAAACCUUUUAGAAUCAUUACUAAUAUGAAGUGACAACCUUGAUUUAAUUCAUUAUGCUCUUUGUAUUUACCUAUUUUGAAGUAUAUUUAUUAGAACUGUAGACUUUAUUUGAAUUGUAGGUAUGUAAAAAUAACUUUAAUUGUAAGCCAUGAUUUUUAAUAUAUAUUAUUAUUUAAAAUUAUGGUAUUAUAUACUUUAAACAGUAUCAACAUUUGAAUUGCUAAAUGUCUGUAUGUUAAUAUUACAUUAUUACUUAUAUUAUUUAAUUAAUAUUGGCAUUACAAAUGAGGAGAUUUUAUUUACUUGCCACUUUUAUAAUUAUACACAUAAAUCUAUAUAUUUUUAUUUAAAUAUUACAUUUUUGUUUAUGCAAUAAACUUUUUUAGC